AUGCAUCAACAAGCCCGACCCGCCCCGCGGGUCUCAUCCCCCGCUUCCUCCCCCCAAACAAACCCCUCCCGAACGAACAAUCCGAGAGAAGGAAUACUGGGUGCUCGUGCCAGAGCCUCGUCUGGAGCCUCCGCCCGUGAUACUGCUGUCGCGGGCUCGCCAACACUCGAGAGUCCCUCGGGCGCUGGUCCUCCCGCUGAUGCCGUUAAGAAAUUGGACCAAAUUAUCCAGAACUUCCACACCAAAGCUGCGUCGGUGGUCCUUCAAUCGCGUAUCAAUCUCAAACCUACAUACACAACUCGUGGAUCCGGAAGCAAAAAGCUGAACAAAUGGUUCCAAAUCGAGACCGAAGAAUUCGACGAUUUCAAGGACGAGCUCCGCCUCUGGAGGAAUUGCGGCAGCUUCGAGAACAAGCCGCCGCCCCUGAUCAUUGAGACAUACCUCGACACUUCACGCCUAACUCCCAGCCAGAGCUUGGUCAUUGUCGAUGAAAAUGGAAAGAGAUGGGAUGCAAUGGAGGCCUUGAACUCGUCCGAUUCGAGCGACGACGGUCGUCCCAUGCCUACAAAGAGGAAUACAGAGGUGAUUCUGGAAAGAUGGCGCAUCGAACUAAAGACGAUUCCCACGAAUGAUCUCGAUGACUUCGGCCCAACACUGCCCACCAUUUACAAGAAGAGCAUCGUAUUUUUCCGAUCCCUAUAUGCCGCGGCAAGAAUCCUCCCCGUCUGGAAGUUCUCCCAGCAUUCUCUGAACAAAGGCAUCCACCCUUCACUAGAGCCACAAUGUCGCAUUCGGACCGCAGAGCCGGAGACGGACGGGUUGGACCGGCUAAGACAUCCGUUGUACGAUGGCCGGCCUGACGUGGUGACCGACUACGUGUUUGGCGACUUGGAGGUACCCGUCGGUAGGUUUUAUGCCACCGUAACGUACAGGAACGAGUGCAACUUUCGAGUAGACGACGCUGAAUCGCUCUUGAGCUCGCGUUUUAUGGGCGUCGAUGAGAACUUUUUCAAGCCAUCCCUGCCACAAAGAACAGAAACCAGGAGGAUCGAUCCAGAGGUCGGCUCGCUCCCGUCCCACAGGCAUAGCCGACAUCUGUCGGAAAUCCAUCAAACGUAUGGCAGCCUUUCAACGUUUCACGGCGACGGUCCUUUGGGCACUAGCCCCAUAUCAGCCUUGAAAGCCGUACGUCCUCCUGGCUCAGAUACGAGCUCACCACCGGAUGCUACCCCUACUCAUACGGAACCAAACCCGCCCAACUCAUUGCCCGUUCCUGGUCUGGCUGCAAGACCGUCAGUCAAGGGGUUCAGUAGCACGGGUCGGCGGCCUUCUGUCUCGUUCCAACCGUUCAAGGCCGGUUCCCUGUCUGGGUCUCCCGUUCCUCGGACUUUGGACUCAGACUCGCCAGCUUCCCCGGCGUCUAGAGCUGCGGCACUAAACGCACUCACUCAACCGCGAAACCGCCGGUCGCUGACUGUCGGUAUGCCUGCUUCCUUACGAGGCGGUCCCCCACCCGGCGGCGACGCACCGGUUGUGGGCUCGCCUAGGCCUUCGUCGACGAGCCGCUACAGUAGCAGCUUCACUCACCGCAAGGGAAAGCUGUCUUAUGGCGGGCCCAGCAGGACAGGUGAUGACGAGCAAGGAAGCAGUGGACGUCAAAGCCUGUCGUCUUCCGUGGCACAGCCUGGAUCUGGCCUUCUUGCCGAGGCAGGAGGAGGCGGAAGCUCCGGGUCUCUGCAAACAGACGAUGACCAGAUUUCCGAGUUUCUGAAGGCGCUGGAUAGCAAGAAGACGCUGAAAAGCUUCGAGCCCAGUAAGAAGGGCGAGUUGGCAACGAACAGAACCGUUGCCCAGCUGUCCAGGUUCCACAUGAUGAAGGAGUCUAACAAUGCUCUCACGGAUUCCAUGACCUCGUCAAUACAGAUGCAUAGGUCAUCAAGCUCGUCUAGCAGACAGCUGUCGAACGUUCCUAGCAUGGCCGCCCCAGCCUCGGUCUCAGUGUCGUCCUCGCCUGGAAAGCCGCUCUCCCCUCAUACUCCUCAUACACCCGCAGUGCCUUCACGCCUGAGCGAGAACUCCAUCAUCAACUACAACACAAGCCAGCCACGAAGUGAGCGUGGCAACACCAGCGCAGAGAACACUCAAAUCAACAGAGAAGACACCAUCACUCAAGAUGGCACAACAGCCAUCGACAUUCCGAUCUCCCCGAGGAUUGGCACACACCCGAGGCGGUCAAGUUCUGUUGCGCAGCAGAACCGAGCACUGGCAGACGAUGACGAUGGGGAUCUCGCAUUCGCGGCGAACCGUAGCAUCAGUCUAGGUGCCGAAGACCGCGAACCUCCAACGCUUAGUAUGCUGCUGGGUAGACAAACGGAAGCCGAGUCAGCGUCCAGACGAGAGGGAACGUCACUUCGGCCGGCUGUUGACAUUCAGUCUUCUGGCUCUACAGACAUGAUUCAACAGGGAUCGUCCGAAGGGUCUAAGCCCCCCGGAGGACUGAUGGCUGUUGCACCAUCGAGCUCACCCUUUGGCAGGCGCCGGUAUGCUGGUAUGGCGGCGACAGGUGGACGUGGUCAGACGCCUCCUCAAUCUUCGAGGGGAAGCUUCACAGGGUCCAUAGGCAGGUAUGGACGCGGAGAGAAUGAUCUUGCGGACGAUGAGCCUCUCCUUUUCGACAUGUCCGAGAUGGACGCGCAGUCGCGUCGAAGCUUGGAGGAGGGCAGGGGAGGCGGCCACGUUGGAUCUGGUUCGGGAAGCCGCGGUGAUUUCGAGCCACGCGGCAUCAGCCGACGCGGAUGGUAG